AUGGACUCACUCCGGACACUCACGUCUGCUGACGCGAGCGACGCAGCGCGCCACCGCGACGCCACCAUGCGCGCGGCUCAGAGCAUCCCUGACCGAACCACCGAUACGACCGAAUUCGGCACAUUCUCGCGUCCAUUUGACGAAGGGGAAAUCAAGCACCUGAAGAAGCAGCUGCGCGCUCGCCAGGACUCCGCUACAGGGAUAGAUGCGGUGGCGUAUAAAGCCAUUCUCGACAUCGAUAACGACCUGCUCGCAACGUUCUUCACAAGAUGCAUCUCCCUCCUCGACAACUACCGCAUCAUUGGCCUCGAAUCUUGUCUCCUAGCAGCGCUUACAUUGCUCGUGGAUCACCGCUUCCGCGAAUGGGCAGAGGACGGUGGACUGAUUCCUCCGUCCCAGAAUGGAUUCCAUGAAGGCUACCGCACUAAUAACAACAUUUUCAUCUUACGAUGUGCAAUCGAACGCGCGCGCGCAUCUGGACGGCCUCUAUAUGUCGUAUUCGUGGACCUCAAGAACGCUUUCCCCUCCACUGACCAGGCGAUGCUUUGGUCCAAGCUCUGGAACAAGGGGGCUUCAGGGCCGAUAUUCGAC